GAGGAUCUAUGAUAGACGACAGAGAAAAAUAACGCUUUGUUUGUGAAAGAUUUUUUGAGCGCAAGCAAGGAUUAUUAAAACGAAAACCAAGCCAAACCAACUAAAUACCCAAAACGACAAAAAUCGACAAAAAACGACGAAAAACGAACAAAAAUCCCAAAAUUCAUUCGCAAGUUUUUCGGGCCAAGCAUCGAAAACACACUUUGGGAUUCAAAAAAUCAAAGCGAAAGAAACAAAAACAAACUGGAAAGGAGCCAAAAAGGAUUGCAGAAGGAGAACGGGUGUCAAACGAAGGGAAAUACAAAUCAAAUUUAAAUAAAAUUAAAUGCAAAGGACAUUCGCAUGUGUGUGGUGGUGGAAAGAAAAUUCAAAACAAAAUUCACAAUUAGAAAACGCAGGAAAAAACGUAGAAAACGCAGACACAAAAUCAAGAGUGCCAGCAGCAACAGCAGCAACCAACUGUCAACACCGGGAAGAAUUUUGAACUGGAACAUUUCGACCAAAAAGUUGGGCAGCAAAAUUUCAACGUUUGGCGCACUACAACACAGCAGCAAACAGCAGCAAGGACAUCGCGGCCAGGCAGCCAGGAUUGCAGGAGCGAGCGGUUUUGAAAGCGCAGCACACAUCGACAAACCCUUCUCACACGGACUAGUACUCACAAUCGGACCAGGAUACCUUUUGGCUUAGAAAGCGGCCCAAGGAAAAGCCGCAGCCAGCAACUUAAGCCUGAAAUCACGCAUACGCCGCGGCGAACUCUCGCUCUCUUUGCCGGAACGAAGGGGUAUAGCCAGAGAAAAAGCAGCCAAUCCGAGGAAGCGGUUUGGCCGAGGGGCAAGGCAGAGAAAGCAGCGAAAGCAGGAGCGAAAUCAUCGAGAGCUGAGAAGCGCGAGGCGCGAGAGUUGCUGCUGCUGGUGGGCAUCAUCUUAUGAUGUCAUCAGAGGAGUACGAGGCGGACUGUUUUGGUUUGUACAGCGAUGAGAACAACGUGCUGCUGAAGGCAAACGAGCCGGAGACAACGGCCACCAAGCAGCAACAUCAGCCACAGUUACAGCAGCAACAGCAACAGCACCAUCAGCAACUCCAGCAACCACCGCCGAGCAGCAACGGUCACACGUCACCAAUACCCUUACAAGUCAACGGCGACGGCAGCGCGGCGAAUUGCGGCGAGAGCGGCAAGACUAAUACCAAUACAGGCAGCCACAGUCACAGCAACAGCGGCAACACCAACACAGACGCAGACAAGGAGCAAGAGCGAGAGAAGGCGAAGGAGAAAGCGAACGAAGAGGAGGCCGAGUCCGACGAUUCCGACGACGACGUCGUGGUUGUACUCGAAGGCUGCGAAGGCAACGCCAGCAGCAGCAGCAGCAACAGCAACAGCAACGCCAGCAGCAACAACCAUAAGGCAGCGGCCACGACGACGACGGCGACGACGGCGAACCAUUGUAAUCGCAGUGGCGGCAGCAGUCGCUGUCAUCGCAGCGCCCGCAGUAGUCGGCAAAUCAGUCAGUCAACGGCCGUCGGCAAGACAACAACGUGCGCGGCUAAAAAACCAAUAGCAGCACAGGCGUCCACGACAACAGCCAAGAACUCGAACGUUAGCGUGAACGUGAAUUCAAACGGUAGCGGAAACGGAAACGCGAACAGUAAAGUGAAUCGUCGUUCGCGUCAAAGAUCCUUGAGCAAAGACAUUAACAAUCAGCCAGCGAGCAGUAAUAGCAAUAGCAACAGUAGUAACAACAACAGCAACAGCAACGGCGGAGCAACGGCAACCGCUGCUGGCUUCAUGAGUAGCGCUGCCGCGGCUGCUGCGGGUGCCGCUAGUGGAGGAGCCCUGUUCCAACCACAAUCGGUCAGCACGGCCAAUAGCAGUAGUAGUAACAAUAACAAUUCGAGCACACCGGCUGCUCUUGCCACCCACUCGCCCACGAGCAACUCACCAGUUUCGGGCGCCAGUUCGGCAUCGUCCUUGUUGACGGCCGCCUUUGGCAACCUGUUUGGUGGCUCCUCGGCCAAGAUGCUGAACGAGCUGUUUGGCCGCCAGAUGAAGCAGGCCCAGGACGCAACGAGUGGCCUGCCCCAGAGUUUGGACAACGCCAUGCUGGCCGCCGCCAUGGAGACGGCCACCAGUGCCGAACUGUUGAUCGGCAGCCUCAAUUCCACGUCCAAGUUGCUGCAGCAGCAGCACAACAACAACAGCAUUGCUCCCGCCAACAAUACGCCCAUGAGCAAUGGCACAAAUGCAUCGAUCUCGCCGGGAUCGGCCCACAGUUCCAGUCACUCGCAUCAGGGUGUCUCGCCCAAGGGAAGCCGCAGGGUGUCGGCCUGCAGUGAUCGCUCCUUGGAGGCGGCAGCUGCUGAUGUUGCUGGUGGCUCGCCGCCACGAGCGGCAUCGGUGAGCUCGCUGAACGGUGGAGCCAGCAGUGGGGAGCAGCACCAGUCUCAGUUGCAACACGACCUGGUGGCCCAUCACAUGCUGCGCAAUAUACUGCAGGGCAAGAAGGAGCUGAUGCAACUGGAUCAGGAGCUGCGCACCGCCAUGCAGCAGCAGCAGCAACAGCAGCUGCAGGAGAAGGAGCAACUCCACUCCAAGCUCAACAAUAAUAAUAACAACAAUAUUGCUGCCACCGCCAACAACAAUAACAACACCACCAUGGAGAGCAUCAAUCUGAUCGACGAUUCGGAAAUGGCUGACAUCAAGAUCAAGAGUGAGCCCCAGACGGCUCCGCAGCCACAGCAAUCGCCGCACGGAAGCAGCCACAGCAGCCGGAGUGGGAGCGGCAGUGGGAGCCACAGCAGCAUGGCCAGCGAUGGUAGCCUGCGACGCAAGUCCUCCGAUUCCCUGGACAGCCAUGGGGCGCAGGACGAUGCGCAGGACGAGGAAGAUGCUGCGCCCAAUGGCCAGAGAUCCGAGAGCAGGGCUCCGGAGGAGCCACAGCUGCCCACCAAAAAGGAGUCCGUGGACGAUAUGCUUGACGAGGUGGAGCUCCUGGGUCUGCACUCCCGCGGAUCCGAUAUGGAGAGCCUGGCCUCGCCCAGUCACUCGGACAUGAUGCUGUUGGACAAGGACGAUGUCCUGGACGAGGACGACGACGAUGAUUGCGUGGAGCAGAAAACAUCCGGCAGCGGAUGUCUCAAGAAACCCGGCAUGGAUUUGAAACGAGCUCGCGUCGAGAACAUCGUUUCGGGAAUGCGAUGCAGUCCAUCCUCCGGAUUAGCGCAGGCAGGACAACUGCAGGUAAAUGGCUGCAAGAAGCGCAAGCUCUACCAGCCCCAGCAACACGCCAUGGAGCGUUAUGUGGCCGCCGCAGCUGGUCUGAAUUUCGGUCUCAAUCUGCAGAGCAUGAUGCUCGACCAGGAGGACAGUGAGUCCAAUGAGCUGGAGUCCCCGCAAAUCCAACAGAAGCGUGUGGAGAAAAAUGCCCUCAAGUCCCAGCUGAGAUCCAUGCAGGAGCAGCUAGCGGAGAUGCAGCAGAAAUAUGUGCAGCUGUGCUCGCGUAUGGAGCAGGAAUCCGAGUGCCAGGAACUUGACCAGGACCAGGAUGUGGAACAAGAACAAGAGCCAGACAAUGGCAGCAGUGAUCACAUCGAGCUGUCGCCCUCGCCCACUUUGACCGGAGAUGGUGACGUUAGUCCGAACCACAAGGAGGAAACUGGGCAGGAACGACCUGGUUCCAGCUCGCCCUCACCAUCGGCCCUAAAGCCCAAGACAUCGCUGGGCGAGAGCAGCGACUCUGGCGCCAACAUGCUGUCCCAGAUGAUGAGCAAGAUGAUGUCCGGCAAGCUGCACAAUCCACUAGUGGGUGUGGGUCAUCCCGCCCUGCCCCAAGGAUUCCCUCCACUGCUGCAGCACAUGGGCGACAUGUCGCACGCGGCCGCCAUGUACCAGCAGUUCUUCUUCGAGCAGGAGGCGCGCAUGGCCAAGGAAGCCGCCGAGCAGCAGCAGCAACAGCAGCAACAGCAACAACAGCAGCAGCAGCAACAGCAGCAGGAGCAACAGCGCCGCUUCGAGCAGGAGCAACAAGAGCAGCAGCGGCGCAAGGAGGAGCAGCAACAGCAGAUCCAGCGUCAGCAGCAGCACCUGCAACAGCUGCAGCAACAGCAGAUGGAGCAGCAACACGUGGCCACUGCCGCCCCCAGGCCGCAGAUGCACCACUCAGCGCCCGCCCGCCUGCCCACACGAAUGGGCGGGGCUGCUGGCCACACGGCCCUCAAAUCCGAGUUGUCUGAAAAGUUCCAAAUGCUGCGCGCCAACAACAAUAGCUCAAUGAUGCGCAUGUCGGGCACAGACCUGGAGGGACUGGCCGAUGUGCUCAAGUCCGAGAUCACCACCUCGCUGUCCGCUCUGGUGGACACCAUUGUGACCCGCUUCGUCCACCAACGGCGGCUGUUCAGCAAGCAGGCGGACUCCGUGACCGCGGCUGCCGAGCAGCUGAACAAGGACCUGCUGCUGGCUUCGCAGAUCCUCGACCGGAAGUCACCGCGCACCAAGGUGGCGGACAGGCCCCAGAACGGACCCACGCCCGCAACACAAUCAGGUAAUAAUGGUUCACUACUCCUAGCUAAUAGUCAAAUGCCCUCCCAAACGCCCGCGAGCGGUUCGAGUGCGCAGCAGCAACAACAACAGAAUGCCCAGCAGCAGCAUCAGGGCUCGCAGCAGCAGCAGCAACAGAAUGUGGUGCAGCAGCAAAAUGUGGCGCAGCAGCAGCACAUGCAGCAGCAACAGCAGCAGUCGCAUCCCUUGCUGCCGCCCAACUGCCAACAGUUGAUCUCCGCCCCUCGCCUAAAUGGCAGCCAGUUAUCCUUCGCUUCGCCCGCCGCUGCUGCAGCCGCUGCAAUGGGUCUGCAGAUGCACCAUGCCGCCGCAGCAGCAGCAAUGUCCGCCCAGCAGCAGCAGCAGCAGCAACAGUCGGGGGAUCCCGGCGCGAAUACUAACCCAAACAGCGGGCCAGCAAACCCCACUAACAGUAGCUUAAGUACCCUUAAUAUACCGCCACCUCACAUACGUCCUUCGCCCACAGCGGCUGCCAUGUUCCAGGCGCCCAAAACGCCACAGGGCAUGAAUCCGGUGGCCGCCGCCGCGCUCUACAACUCGAUGACCGGACCCUUCUGCCUGCCGCCCGAUCAGCAGCAGCAGCAACAGACCGCCCAGCAGCAACAGUCCGCCCAGCAGCAGCAGCAAAGCUCGCAGCAGACGCAGCAGCAGCUGGAGCAGAACGAGGCCCUCAGCCUAGUGGUGACACCAAAGAAGAAGCGUCAUAAGGUGACCGAUACGCGCAUCACGCCGCGCACCGUCAGCCGCAUCCUUGCCCAGGAUGGCGUGGUGCCGCCCACCGGAGGCCCGCCGUCAACACCCCAGCAGCAACAACAACAGCAGCAACAGCAACAGCAGCAGCAACAACAGCAACAGCAGCAGCAACAGGCGUCGAACGGCGGCAACAGCAAUGCCACGCCCGCCCAGAGUCCGACGAGGAGCAGCGGAGGAGCCGCAUACCACCCGCAACCGCCGCCACCACCACCACCCAUGAUGCCCGUGUCCUUGCCCACCUCCGUGGCCAUACCUAAUCCCUCGCUGCACGAGUCCAAGGUCUUCUCGCCGUACUCGCCGUUCUUCAAUCCGCACGCAGCCGCUGGCCAGCCAACGGCGGCCCAGCUCCAUCAGCACCACCAGCAGCACCACCCGCACCACCAGUCCAUGCAGCUGUCCUCGAGUCCGCCGGGCAGCUUGGGCGCUCUGAUGGACUCGCGCGACUCGCCGCCGCUGCCCCACCCGCCGUCGAUGCUCCAUCCCGCCCUACUGGCCGCCGCACAUCACGGCGGAUCGCCGGACUACAAGACCUGCCUGCGGGCCGUCAUGGACGCCCAGGAUCGCCAGUCCGAGUGCAACUCGGCCGACAUGCAGUUCGAUGGCAUGGCUCCUACUUCUUCUACAUUGACACCGAUGCACCUGCGCAAGGCCAAGCUGAUGUUCUUCUGGGUGCGCUAUCCCAGCUCCGCGGUGCUCAAGAUGUACUUCCCGGACAUCAAGUUCAACAAGAACAACACAGCACAAUUGGUGAAAUGGUUCUCGAACUUCCGAGAAUUCUACUACAUACAAAUGGAGAAAUAUGCACGACAAGCUGUCACCGAAGGCAUCAAGACACCCGAUGAUCUGUUGAUUGCUGGAGAUAGUGAAUUGUAUCGCGUGCUCAAUUUGCACUACAAUCGCAAUAACCACAUUGAGGUACCCCAGAAUUUCCGCUUCGUGGUCGAAUCGACUCUGCGGGAGUUCUUCCGUGCAAUACAGGGUGGCAAAGACACCGAGCAAUCGUGGAAGAAGUCCAUAUACAAGAUCAUCUCGCGCAUGGACGAUCCCGUGCCCGAGUACUUCAAGUCGCCCAAUUUUUUAGAGCAGCUGGAAUAAGUGGAGGAGUUGGCGCUGCAGACGCUGCCAUUGCCGCACCCACUGGGAAUUCCACCGCCCAUCAGUCCGGCCAGCACCUCCACCACCUGCAGCACCGCUACAACCACCAACUCCAGGCCCAGCAGCAGCCAUCCGAAGGCGAAACGCAGGCCAAAGCUAAAAGGCUAAACCUGCGCAGGAAACACGACUGGAUAUGACCAACAACCCAGCAAUAAAAUCGAGGAUAAACGAUUCGACAAACAGUAUCCACACACAGGGCAGAAACUUAGACAUAGCUGAGAGAUUUGCAAAAGCACACGAGUAGAAAACGCGUUUAGAAAACACACUCAGCAAAAUAUUUUUUCAAAAAUUUCCAAAAACUACACAACUUAACACACACAUAUACAUACAAUUAAAACACACAUGAACCUCAGCGAAAGAGUGACAAGAAUAUGAAGCCACGGAUAUACAAAUCCAGUGGGCCGAUUGAGCAAAACCAAAACUUAACAUAGAGCAGCAAGUCUUAAUCUAAUAAUGUGAAAUAGUGCAAAUUGAAAGAAAACCUGAGCCACACACCUGAGAACACCCACACACCGAGCGUAAUUUACAGGCAGUGUAAACUGUACUCGCCGUUGGUUUGUUAGUUGAAAUUUUUUUGAAAAUAUUUACAGCAGAUUACGUAUACGUAUGAAUAUUUAACAAAUAGUUGAGCCGUCUAAUGAUCUACCGAAAGUUGACACACAUUCCACAAGGAAAUACCUACACAAUAACCACACGCAUUCCACGCACACACAUACACACACGCUCGCAUCGGUACGAAGUGUGUGUUCAUUUGAGAGAGAGAGAGAAAAUCGCUCGGCCAAACAGGAAGUGGUUACUAUCGCACUGCUUGGUCGACCGACUUUCCGGUAAGCAGUUUCCACCGCCCAGUUCCGCACUGCUUUACAAAAGCAGGCGCAGCUCUGACGGCCGGAAAUCGGGAAUUAAUCUUAAAAGUUUAAAAGUCACCCGAUCACUAAGGUUGCUACUUCCCUCUAUCCCCCAUUUAAGCGCUAAGCAUAUAUUCGAUGUCUAUUAAGCGAAACUAAAAGCAAAAACUAAAAAAAAAAGGUUAAGAAAUUUGCGAAAACUAUUUAGAUUUUUAAUGAGAAAGCCAGAGUUAUUUGUACGAACAGCGGGCGUUAGGGUAGUUAAAUUUACCAUCUUAUCUCUUACAUUACGUUAUGCGAACCUUCGACCAAAGUUAAUUGUUAACAUGAAUCCCUUGAAUACGGUUUAUUUUUAAUCAAUUCUUUUCCUUUAGUGCCCCACUUUCGUGCACGCAUCUUAAUUUUAUAGAAUAAUCGACAUACACACUAUAACACACCACAAACACACACACACUAGUCUGUUAUUUAUGUAAAUAAUUUAUACGUUUAGUUAAGUUAACGUUUAGUUUAAUUAAUUUACUUUACUUGGCCUUGAGUUGCAACAAAACAAAAUAUACACAAAACACCAAAAA